AUGGAAAAAUCCAAAAUGGAAUAAAUUUUGGAAGCCACAAUGUGUCAUCAUCUUCUCUACCUGCUUGCCUUGUACCUGAAACUCCUUCUGUACCUUUCCCCUUCUGUCUCUCUCUAAAAUUCAUCGACCCUUUAUUGCAUUCUCUCUUGCCCUCGUGGGUUUCGCUUGUUGACCCAAGAAAGGCAGGGAUUUUAGAGAGACAAACCAAAGGUGGAGGCCGAAAAACCCUAGAAAUUUCACUCCAUGGAAGAAUCAAGUGAAGUGCACUCUGAAGAGAACAAAAUUUGUGAGGAGAAGAACAAGAAAAGAAGGCUUAAGACACCAUCCCAGGUUCAGGCUCUAGAGAAAUUUUAUAAUGAACACAAAUAUCCCACAGAGUCCAUGAAAUCAGAACUUGCAGAAGAGAUAGGAUUAACAGAAAAGCAAAUUUCUGGAUGGUUUUGCCACAGAAGGUUGAAGGACAAAAAGCUAUUGGAAGAUGAAGCAGGUGCAAAUGGAAGGCAAGAUCGUUCGAGUGGUGUUAUACAGGAUCGUGGCAGUGGAUAUAGACAGGAUUCAUGUGGCAGCACCAAGCACGGGGAUUAUAGGCAUAUUGAUCCUAGGGAAGUUGAAAGUCGAAGGUUCUAUGGGCAAGAAUUUUCAGCUGCAGACCUUAAUUAUGAGCACAGGAGUCAUUAUACUGGAAAUUUUAGUGGCAGGGGUGACACAUCAUCAGAAAGUAGCUCAGAUUUACAAGAUAGGUUUUUUCCUCAGAAUGAAGAUCCUUUUGAUGUUGAAACUUCAAAACUUCCAACAAGGAGUGGAAUUGUCAUGCCAAUAAAUACCAAAGGUGCCCAAAACAGGGGAUUUGUUCGGCCAUCAGGAUAUUUGAAAGUGAAGGGUGAAAUUGAGAAUGUUGCUAUUACUGCUGUUAAGAGGCAACUAGGGAGGCAUUAUCGAGAGGAUGGUCCACCACUUGGUGUUGAAUUUCAGCCACUCCCCCCUGGUGCUUUUGAGUCAUCAAUUAGGGAUCAAGAUGAUGAACCCUACUAUGUUGGCAAUUCCAUUAUGUCCCAAUCCCCGGAUAAUCCCGGAGUUCGCAAACCACCCAGUCUUAGUACUAGAUAUGAAGUGUGUAGUUCCAAGUUGGCUUCUCAAAAUUCUUGUAUGGAAGAGGCAAACUUUGGAACCAUGCAUGGAUUUGAUAGUAGGGACAAUUACUCUAACCGCCAAUUAAAGCAAAAGGGUUCUUUUCCUAAUUAUAGCAAUUCGUCCCCUGGCUGGAACUUUUCCAAGGAUAUGCAUGAAGAUGCUGCUGGAGAAACCUCCUUUGUUAAUAGCAACAAGAACUAUGAGAUGAGGUCUAAUCCUGGUAUUGAAGGGAUGAGAUUGAGUUCUGUUUCUAAUCGUCGCCUUCAUCCCUAUGGUGGAAAAGUUACUAGUGAACAAACAGACUCUUGGUUGCAUGAGUAUGAUGACAUCAGGCCCAAGAUUGUCCAGCAGAAGGAAUACUUGAAAUCUAAACCUUCAAAUUUGAUACUUCAGCAAAGUGGGUCUUGUGAUGAUGAAGGGAGAGGGCAGUUGAGAAAUAUGGCAAAGAUGGAAGAAGUUUGUCGAGAAAGGAGAGCAAUGAGAGAAUAUUCUGAUCCAGUAGGUGAAAAGGUGCAACCAACAAAUGAAAUGAGAGUUGCUAAGAGAGUUAGAGAUGAGUCUCCACCACUGGAUUAUGCAAAAAAAUCAUCAUUUUCUGAAACACCAACAUGGGGAAAUCAGAUCAAAGGGUCUGCUAUGGAGAUGCCAUCUAGUUUCAGUGAGGAUGAAACUGCCGAAACCAGUUCUUCCAUGGAUUGAGGAAGCAACGAUAGAGAGAUCUGAAAGUUUCUCAAUGUCACAUCUGAAAGAGAGGAAAGAAACGGCCACCAUGCCAAGUAAAGACGCAAUGAAGCUGUACAGUUGAGAACGAUCUGUUUAACCACAACAUUAAGCACCAGUAGGAUCAACACCAGAAGUAGAAGCAGGAGAAAGUUUUCAGUUGAUUGCCCCACCCAAGUUCUUUUGUCCCUUACAAUGCUUACCUGUUUAUACAUAUAUAUAUGUACAAAAGCUUUUACCUUUAUUGCCUAACUGAGAUUGAGAUUCUUUUGGGAGUUUGAUUGUAAAAAUCUCAGUUGCCUGGGAGCUCUUCUAAUCUCAGAUUCAUGCAUAGGCCUGAUCGCAUGAUACAUUCAGAGCUCAUGGCUCAUGUUUUCUUCUCUAUUUUCCCAAUGAAGGGCUUGUCUUAUUUGGUUUCA